GCUACUGACCGAAAUCUUGUACAUCACAAAUUUACGUCAAAUUAAUAGGAAAAUUGCGAUGACUUAACACAAUAUUUUCCCCUUAGUCUUGUAGUCCAAAAUUAGAUAUCGGUUUUAUAAUUUAGUCAAAUCAUGGCCACUGGGACAGGUGCGAAGCCACAAUUUGCAAUCAGUCUCUAUCAGUGUAUAAACAAAGGACGAGAAACCAAAAAUGUCAUCAUUUCACCAUUUGCCGUCCACCUGGCUCUCGGUAUGGCUUUCAUGGGUGCUGCUGGAGAAACCAAAGACGAGAUGGCAUCGGUGCUGAACAUAUCAAAAGUUAAGGCAGAAGCGACCAAACUAUUCGCACGAACUAUACAUAAAUACCAGAGAAGUUCUACGUUGUCAGUCGCAAACAAAAUCUAUCUUCCACUGAACAAGGCGGUGCACCCUUAUUUCAUACAACUUUCCGAAAAGAGUUUCAACUCGUCAACCGAAAAUAUAGACUUUUCACUAUCGACCAGGGCUGCAAGCAUCAUCAACGAUUGGGUGGAAGGUCAGACGAAUGGCAGGAUCAGGAACCUAAUUGAUCCUGGUAGAGUGAGUGCACGCACAGCGAUGAUACUGGUGAAUGCAGUCUAUUUCAAAGGAUUAUGGAAGAUUCCAUUUGAUAAAAAAAUGACUCGAAAAUCGGAGUUCUGGAUCGAUGAAAUGAAAACGGUGCAAGUGGACAUGAUGACUUUGGAUAGAGGUUUGAUCCCAUUUUCUGCUGUGGAGCAUUUAGAUGCCACUGCGGUUGAACUUAAAUUCAAUGAAGGUGAUAUGUCGAUGCUAAUUAUCCUGCCUGACAGGAAAAUGGGUCUUAGUGAUUUAGAAACGAAAUUGGAUCUGAUACAUUUAUCGACGUUAAGAAAGAAUAUGAGGAGUGAAAAGAAUGGGACUGGUGCUGCCGUUUUCCAAGAAUGCUGACUUCUCAGAGCUACUGGACAUACCGAGCCCAUUGAAUAUAUCGGAAGUCUUCCACAAAGCAUAUAUUGAUGUUACCGAAGAAGGUGUGGAAGCAGGAGCAUCUGCGGCUGCGAUGAUAACAUUGUCUGCCUUCCC